AAAACUCCACAAGAGCCAGUGAAACCUUCGGAGACUGCUGACGAAGAAUCGACGAUCGACGCAGCGUUCGAAGACGCAAUUCGGAAGCGACGGCGAAGUAACGUGCCAUCCGUGGCGGACGGAAUUCUGUCACCGCCGACGCCACCUCCACCAUCAGCCCCAGCUGUGAUAAGAAAUGAUUCUCCGCGUUUCGAAAGGCAUAAUUCGUUGUUACCAAAUCGAAUAAGCGGAAGACAAUCGAAUAGAAGUAUGCGAGGAAAGAGGAAGACCAGGGCCGUGCCCGAGUUUUAUGAUCAUUCUCGACAUCCUAGCAUACGACUGAAAGCUCCAAGUGCUAAAAAGAAGAAGGUGACCUUAUUACGAGUUGAACAAGCGGAUGUACAAGUGGAAUUGCUCAAUGGUCAACGGGUGGAGGGGCUGUGA